AUGUCCAAGUUACCGUCUACCACUCGAACCCUCGUUGCACCUAAAAAAUGUCUCCCAGCUGGGUACACAGUCAUUGAGGAACCAAUCCCAACCAUCACCAAACCAAAUGAAGUUCUUGUCAAGAUGAAAGCUGUUUGUAUCAAUACUGGUGAUACGAAGUUUGCGUCUGGGCAGUUUGGUAUCCUUGUUGGUGAUCGAGUUAAAUUCCCAUUUGCUCUCGGCAUGGAGGGUUCAGGAGUAGUGAUAGCCGUUGGAUCAGCUGUCGCAGACUUCAAAGUCGACGAUGAAGUUUACGGCGUGGAGUAUGAGAAGCCUCUAUUCAGUCGACCGCCUGCAAAAUGGUGUUCAGACUACGUUGCCACAGAAGCCAAGUUCCUCCACAAGAAACCGGAGCAUACUUCUUUUGAAGAAGCUGCUGCUUUACCAGCGCUCACGGUAGUUGCGUAUCAAACCAUCAAGAAUGGACUACAACUCAGAGGACUGGAUGACCUUGUGGGACAGACGGUGUACAUACCAGCUGCUCUCAGCGGAACUGGUUCGUUAAUGAUCCAAGUCGCCAGAAAUUACUUUGGCGCAGAAAAGAUCAUUUCAACAGUGUCAACAGCCAAGAUCGGCCUUGUUGAAGAGUAUCUUCCUGGUCUGGUUGAUCAACUCUAUGACUACAAAACUCAAAACAUAGUCGAAAUGGUCGGUCGAGGCACCGUCGACUUUGCAGUCAGCACUCAAUUCAGCACACUGGACGACUGCAUAGCCAUCCUCAAACCCAAGACAGGUAUCCUCGCGAGUAUCGCAAGCGUGCCCAAGAGCGAAGUGAUGCUCAAGAUGAUGGGUCCCAAACUCUUCCCAGCUUGGCUCGGAUGGCUUCUCGAUAUGUUUCAGUGGUGGUAUACCUGGAAGUUACGCGGUACGAACAUAAAGUAUGAGUUCUUCUCUGGAAAUCCUGGUAUCAUGGAGGAUAUGGAAGUUGUUGCGGGUAUGAUUAAGCAGGGCAAGGUCAAAGGGAUUUGUACAGUGGUGGAUUUUGAGAACUUGGAAGAUAUCAGGAAAGCUUGUGAUAAGGUCUACAAGAUCCAAGGAGGUCCGGGAAAGUUGGUGAUUCGGAUGUAA